AUGCUACUAAAUAUUGAGCAUAAUCAAGUCUCAGAAAAUAGGCAAGUUAUAGAAAGUAAUCAAGUUACGGAAGGUGAUCAAGUUAUAGAAGAUAAGAAAGUUACAAAAGAUGAGCAAGUUAUGGAAGAUGAGCAAGUUACAGAAGAGAAUGACUUUUCAGAAUAUGAGGAGAUUAUAAGAGAUGAGGCUUUUGAAAUCACAUAUCUUGAUGUUCAAAACCCACUUCAGCAUAUUGGAAAAGGUCGACCUGCAAAAAUGAGAAUUAAAUCAGCAACUGAAAAAAAUAAAAAAAUCAAAUUAGCAAGUAAUAAUUUACAUCAUACUUCCCAUCAUUGUUGUAGUGUUUAUAAAAACAAAGGGCAUGAUAAGCGAAAUUGUCCUAACAAAUAA